UCCCGUCUUCAGCGGUCUAACAGAGUAUCUUCUCCCCAGACCAACCUCCCUAUCUUCAAGCUGAAGGAGUCUCGUGUGCGUCGGCGCUACAGUGACUUUGAGUGGCUUAGAGGGGAACUGGAGAGAGAGAGCAAGGUAGUGGUCCCCCCUCUCCCAGGGAAAGCUCUUUUCCGGCAACUUCCGUUUCGAGGGGAUGAUGGGAUAUUUGAUGACUCUUUCAUCGAGGAGCGGAGACAGGGACUGGAGCAGUUCCUUAACAAAGUGGCCGGUCACCCCCUAGCUCAAAAUGAGCGCUGCCUGCACAUGUUUCUACAGGAUGAGUCUGUGGACAAGACCUACACCCCUUCCAAAAUACGGCAAGCCUAAGAGCAUGGUCCAGCCCAGCCCAAUACCCAAAGCCCUCUCAAUCUCUAAAGGGGUCCUGCUUAGUCCACAAACACUUGUAUGAUCUUCACUCUUUGUUUUGCAGUCACACGCUGUCUUUUAGUCUUGUUUGAUUUGUUAUCUUGUCUUUGGCUUGUUUUCAACUCUCUAUUGGAGAUCCUACUAAGAAUGGUCUACUCUUUAUAACUGUGGUUGAAUAUAAUUUGUAUAAUCGUCUUUCUUAUUUUAUUUGUCUGGAGAUGCCACUAACUUGGGUAUUUUAUGUUACCUGUAUUUAUCAGUAUGGUAUGUCCUGGAUAUAUAAUCAUUUUUAAAAAGAAACAGAAUGUCCACUAUUCCGUGUGCACAAGCCUCAUGCUUGAUAGUUGUCUCCUCACCGUUGUACAAUUGGAAUGUCCGCACCAUAACUGUGACUUUUUAGACGGUCCCUGCCUCUGAAAAUCACACUUGUAGAUGGUCCCUUCCACAGUGAACAGAAGCAUGUGUGUGUACACCAGCCAACAGUUCUUCUGUAAAUGAUUUUCUAAUGAGCAAAAACAGAUGCACAGAGGGAACCUGAAGCAUUUCUACUGGCCAUGUGCGUUUCGAGAUUUGUAUACUGCUGUGCCAUUUUGUUUAUUUUGAAAAUUUUCCAAUAAAACAGGUCAAACGCACUCAUAUGCACGA